GGCGGGACAGCACCCGGUUAUUGGCCGCACCGCAAAGCUUGUUUGAAGCGUAGGGAGGUAGACUCGGGGAGGUGGUGCCCGCUGGAGGCCUGUGCUUACCUGGAGGGGGUCCCCUCUAGCGGCCGCAGGAAGGACGUUGGAACUAACGCCCCUAUGGUCUCCAGCUGUCCUGGAGAGCUCAGGUUCCUGCGCACCUUCACCUGCCCCACAGGUGGGCAGCCCACCAGAUGUCCUUGCUUCUUAUCCUCAGAGACACCUGCCGGGUUUGCUCCUGCUGUUCCCCCGAGCCACUCUCUCACCACGCAUUCGAAUCCCACACAUACUUCACCUCCGGUUCCCCUAAAAGCCUUCCCGAGUACUCGGGAGGUGGAGGAGGAGUAUUCCUUAGCGGCGCUCCCCUACCAUCUGUUGGCUCUGCUGUAUACCGACCCUUCCAGCACGAACUUAGCUCAGCAAGACCUACGGUCCUUCGAUCCCCACAACUCCCUGAGACAUUGAGCUCAUGUCCAUAUUAACGGUGAAGAAAUGACAUUUGGGCAGAGAUUCAACGAGAAGAAAGAGGCAGUUUGGUUCAGACCCUAAGACAGAGCUCAGAGGAAACGCCCGAGAGCAGAACGAGAUUCCAGGUCCAUGACAUCCUGCUAUACAAGCAAGUGCACCAGUGAGGCCCAUCUGUGCCGUGCUCCAUUCCCACCUGGGCCGCACCUGCUCUUAUGCUGACUUUCCAGGUGCUUAGAAGAACACGUAGUAGAGUUUUUCAUCAAACAAAUGGAACAUAUCACCGAACUUUGCUGAGAUGGACAACUCUGCAGAAAAAGAACUUGGCAAAAAAUAUUCCAGAAAAGCCAACAAAAUACAGAGAGAUGUUCCAGGAACUCAGGCUUUUGGAAACAACAGCAAGGAAGCCUUGUGUUUCCUUAUUUCUGAUCUGGUCUCUACCUCCCUUAAAGAAAAGUACAUAGCCAUCUGCCCACUUGAAAGGAAGAAGGGAAGAAAAGAGUUUUACUGCUGCAUAUCCAACACAAUCUUCUAUUCCUUUUGAACACCAGAGGUCAGUAAUUCCAGAAGCAGAAAAAAAAGGAUUUAAUAGUCAAGCCAAGAGAUUUUAUCAUAAGAAGGAUGACAUCCCAGGUCCUGGGUUUUACAAUGUCAUUCACCAAUCUCCAGUGUCCAACAGUGUCUCGUUGUCUAAGAAAGGGACAUGCACUUUUCCCUCUAUGUGUGCCCGCUUGGCCACCGUCAUUUCAAAGUAUCCCGCAGCUAAUGCAUACACCAUCCCAUCACAUUUUGUUUCGAAGAAAGACUUCAGUAAUUCCUGUUCCAGCAUGUUCCAGUUGCCAAGCUUUGCAAAAGUUCUCAAGUUUGAAACUCCUGCACCAAACCACUAUAAUGCCUCUGUGUCCUGCUGCAAGCAGAAGAACAACGUCUGUGCCCGAGCAGGGUUUAUGUCCAAAACCCAGAGGGGAUUUUUCACUAGGACUGAAACGGUACCUGCCCCAGGGCAUUAUAAUGUCAAUGAAUCCCUUGUGAAGCCGUCGCCAAAGACAUUAAUGUCUUGUUUUAAAUCGAACACCGGCCGUGGAUUAAAACUGAUAUCAACAGGCCCAGGACCUGGUUAUUACAACCCAAAUGAUUGCACCAAAAUUCCAAAAAAGACUCUUUUCCCGAAAAACCCCAUCCUGAACUUCUCUGCCCAGCCUUUGCCUCUGCCCCCCAAGCCGCCUCUCCCGGGCCCUGGCCAGUAUGAGAUCGUGGACUACGCGGGGCCGCCCAAGCAUUUCAUCUCUAGUGCAUCGUUUGUGUCCAACACCAGCCGGUGGACAGUGGCGCCGUCCCAGCCAGGCUCGCCUGGCCCAGCCGCAUACAAGCCUGAGUUGCUGGGCAGGCAGUCCUUUCUCUACAACGAGGACAAGAAGUGGAUCCCAGUGCUGUAGCAGUGACCUCAUACAAGCUCGGGGAGGACGCCGGGCGCCAGCUGCCCCCCCCCCCGGGGUCCCCAGAUGCUCACUCAGAGCAUGGCCUAUUUUGUGUGUGGCGGCUGAUGAUUUGGGGACAGCUCUGCCGCCCAGACUGCUACGGAUGAGCAGCUGCACUCUGCCUUGAGCUGCCUCCUGGAGGUCAAACGCCCACCCCCACUGACUCCAGGGGUCUCCUGAGCAGAAAUAUGGAGUGGACAGAGCCUCCCCUGGCUAUUUGUCCAGGCUGGCUUCUGCUCCCCUCCCCUCAGACUAAUGGGGCUCCUCCAACUGACACUCUGGGAGAAGGUAGCCAAUGGCUGAUGCUCCAUCUAGAAGCCUGAUGCUGAGCCAGGGCUCUCAGGCCCAGGAUGUACCCACAAGGUCGGCAGCACAGGGCUGCGGCCCAGACGUGCUCCCAUCCUUCUGGCCUUGACUUCCAGACACCUGCAGUUCCCAGGCUUCCUCUGGGAAGGCCCAGAGGCACUUGUGAUGGAUACAUGAAGGGCUUGCCUGAGUCCUUGCCUCCAGCUAAGACUCCCUAUCUCACCUUCAGGAAGAGCAUGGCAGCCAGGUGCUAUGACCACUUGAGAAGAGGCCCCCACAUCCAUUUAUUGGUCUAUAUUCAACAGCACACGUGGGCAGAAGCCUGCUGGAGCCAGAGCCUGGGUCUUUUCUGGCCUGUCAAAUUGAUUCCCCUUGACAAGAGGAAGAUUCCCAAAGAACUAAGAGGAAAUAGAAGUACCCAACAUCCUCUCCCCUCCCAAGGAUUGGUGUUAUCUUUCCCGUUUGUAAGUGGAAGUCUCUUGCGCAGUCUCCCCUCCAGCUCCCGCAUCGACAAGGCCUUUCCUGUCCCCUUGGGUCUCUCCUUUGACUUUCCUGUGUUACAUCCUGGGCCUUCGUGUCAGAACUGGCCACUGAUUGGCUCUUCCUCUGGGGAGUGGUGGGUGAGGAAGGAGGGAGAAGGAUGGAAUAACAUAUCCAAUUAAACCAAAUUCUUGCAUCUCACAAAAACUGGCCUUUGUGAGCCCCAGAUGCCCCAAACACUGCAUGGCCUGGAGCACUCUGCCAGGAGCAGUGGAAGCCUGGCUCUGAAGGCAGGACACCUAGUGCGUCUGUACUCUCAGGGCUGCAGCUUCUCUUCCAGGUGCAGGUCCAGUUAGAGCUCAGGGGCUCCAGGUAAACACUCCCAGGGGCUAGACGAGCAAUGCACGGAGCAGAACAGGGAGGCAGGUCUGGGGGUUUGGGGGCUGAGGCUGCUGGCCACCUAAAGGACAUCCAAAAUGGCUCAGCUAACUGUUAUCAGAUCUGCAGAUGUUUCAACAGAAUCUGGAGAAUCUUUAAAAUGUGAAAUCUCUUGAUCUGAGAUGUUGACAACCAUAUUGCAAUUAAAAAUUUUUUGUUUAGACUGAAAGAAUUUUCUGCUGGCCGUCAGUUGCCCACUCAGGUGUUAGAGGUUCUGAAAGGCCCUUACAAAGCUGACACUUGAAGCUGUACCUUUCUUUGACCCCGGCCUCUCAACAGUAGGCCUUGGUUUUAGGUCCCUCUCACCCUGGAAGACCUUAGGAGGCCAUUGGCCUGGAAGUAGCUGGCCCUGGGUUCCCCAUGGGCAGAGGCUGGGGGUAAUGCAUUGAAAAGCAAGACAGGCUUCUCCUCCCCUUGGGCAGCUGGGCUGAGCACCAGUAGGUGAAGAUGCUCUCUCCAGAAGGAGCCUUCUCCAAGUUGGGUCAGGAAAGAGGGGCUCCUGGGAGAACACAGGGCUGCUCUUGGUCAGCAGAAUCCCUGUGCUAUAGAAGCCAUGACUGGACCUGAGGCCCUCAAUUCAGAGGGUCUGACUUGACUGUAUCCAGCCUCUUUUAAGAUAUCAUAGGCUGCUCAUAGUUCCGUCCAGCCCAGUGGUUCUCAGGCCCUGGCUGUGUGUUAGGAUCACCUUGGGAGCUGUUACAGAGGCAGCCUGUGCAGGCCUCAACCUUUGAGGUUCUGACUUAGUUGAUCUGAGAUAGGGUUUGGACAUUGGUAUAUUUAUUAAAGUUCUCAGUGUGAUUAUGUGUCUAGUUAGGGUUAGGAUACACUGAUAGUUUAAUAAAAUGUUUUCCAAAUUUUAAUGUGCCUGCAAAUCACUUAAGACAGAGUCUUUAGGUCUGUGGUAGGCCUGAAAGUCUGCAUGUCUUUUUCUGUUUUUUUACUUGAGAUAUAACUGACACAUAACACUGCAUUAGUUUUAGGUGUAAGCAUUUCUAACAAGCUCCAGGUGAGGCCAAUACUGCUGGUCUGUGGACCACACUUAGCGUAGCAGGUCAUUCAUCCCUUUCUCCCCUCACCCACUCACUGUCUACCAGGUAAAAGCCACCUCCAGCCAGGGGACGCUCUCUCCACCAGGCAACAGCUGCCUUUUUAAAGUGACCCCCCAUUUGGGAAGAACUAACAACUCCUUUCACCUUUUCACUCUUUGGAGCAAAGACCCGGAAUGGCAGCUGUUGGCCUCAGGAGCUGCCUUUCCUUCCCGAGUCCUCUGCCGGCAGGCUCAAUUUCCUCCAGCCUUCAGGGCUCUCUUGGACGUCCAAAUGGCCCUUCAAGCCAUUGACAGCCUUUGUCUGUUUAUGUAGAGGGGAAGAGAAUGGGCCCCGGUGGCUUUGCUGGAGAUGGCCAGAUGUACAGUGGACGUGCAGCUGCCCGCUCCUCUCCCGGUGUCUUGCCAAUGGGUUUCAGCCCUGGGCAAGUUCACUAUGGAUUCAAUGUGACCAAAGAAAAUGAGAGUAGAAUGU